CUCAGGAGGUCCUAUGAUGUGUGAUAUUGAUGGUUACUGGUACCAGGUUGGAGUGGUGGCAGCUGGACUUGGGUGUGGAAAUAUUGAGAUACCUGGACUUUACACUCGAAUAAGUUACUUCUUUGACUGGAUCAAUGGAACCAUCUCAGGAUAUCAAGGGUGAACACAUGAUUGCAGAUCAAAAUUGAAUAGUUUAAAAUUAAAAUAUUGAUG